GUACCUAUAUAAAAACGUCGAGCUCCGCGUCCUCCGACCACAGAUGAUAAUAUGUAGCCGCGUCGCGUCCCACCACUGCGGCCGAUCCGAUCGCUGGAUCUCUCCUAAGUGUCCCAAGUGUUUUUGCGUGCUCGCGUUUAUGGUACCUUUCCCGGGUACCUGGCCGUCGAUGUCGCCGCCGCCGCCACCACCAACCACCGCCGUUCAUCCCCUCGCAUGAAAUAUAAUAUUAUAUACUAUUGUUACACAAACACCACGUUUCGUUUUACCCGCGCUAAGCCACCCACCCCAGCCGAUCGGAACCAGACGUCCAUACAUCCGCUACUGUUAUACGACAUAAUAUACGACCAGUGGUUCACAACCUAUAUAUUAUUAUUAUUAUAUAUGCGUCGGAUCUGCUGGAAAAAAGAUCAAGAUGUUAACCAUAUCAAGUUUUUGCGAUAUUUUGAUGGUGAAAGUGGUUGGAGACCCUGAUUGGAGGCAGAGAUUUAUCGUGCUCAGCAACAGUACACUUUGGAUUUAUGGAGAUGAUCAAGAUCCCCGAAGGACAAAAAUCCACGCAGUGAGAGACUUGGCAGUAUGUCGAAGAAUUUGUGACGGAAGUCACCUAGUUUUGCAUAUAAAAAACAUUGCUAAAUUGGAUUGGUUUAAGAUUAAGUUCAACACAGAGAAACAACUAAUCGCUUGGAAGAAACGUUUGCGACAAGUUAAAGAAGCUUGGAAUGAGGAGACUUAUUUUCAAUACCUUAAUCAAAAAUCUCAACUCAGAUCUCCAUAUGAACCAUUGACUAGGAUAAAUCAACAGGUGCCCAGUAAUAAACUAUCAAAGCCUUCACGCAUGCCAUUUUCUAGGAGCCGUUCACUGCAAGAGAUAAUAAGUUGGGAAAAAUUACCCAUGACACUUAUUCAAGUAAACAGGGAAAUGCGUUGCGGAGUAAAUGAUAUAGACGCAAUUUUAGUCAGAGUUCGAUUAUCAAUCUUGGAAAACGAAAUGGCUUACAAUAGAGAAAUGGACAAAAUGUUGGUUGCUUUUAAAAAACGAGCACUGUGGCCUGAUUAUUUUCUGAUGGAUGACAAAUCGUUAAUUGAACAAACGCUAUCCAAACUGAAGGAGAGUUCAGACACUCUGUUGCACGAUGUCGAAGACAUGUGGCCAGACGCUCCUAGGGUAUUACAGAGUUUGGACGAUCUAGCUGAUUUAUUAACUAAACACUUGAAGUCAGUGGCGAGGACCCGAAUGAUUACCUAUUGUCAUCUUCUACGGGAUUUUAGGCCUUUCUUGCGCAAUAAUUUAGAAAGCGUGGACGAUAUAUACGCGGAUGUGUAUAGCGAACAUUUCUAUAUGGAACGAGCACUUCUGCCGAUAUUCCGAGUGUACAAGCUAAAAGGCAUAUCUAAGAAGCUAGCGGUCAUGCUAGCCACCGAGAAGGACGCCAAUAGCGCACGUUGGAACAGCCUGUUUGACCUAUGUCAGGAAACGCUGACCGAGACGUAUGGCGAGCUGUCUAGACUGUUCGGCGACUACUAUGCGCUGAGCGUGACGCAGUUGUUCGCGUUCAGCGACAAACACGCGGCGUUCGAGCGCAACGGCAACAUGAGUCUGUUCGAGAAGUUUGAAUUGGCCAGGGAGGUGAGCGAGAUAUGCGACUCAGUGGUACCGCUCAUCAAGGUUGUAAUCGUCGAGGGCGGCAAGCGCGGUGACGGCACCGCUGCGGCCGUGUCGGAUGACGUGGUGGCGGCUGUGGAGGCCGCGGCGGCCGGUCACCAGCGAAGAUUUAGCGCUGACUGUUGGGAAGAUCGCGGCAAUGACGAGCGYCGGAUGCGGGACAGGGCUGUCCGACCACCCGAAGAAAUUACGUGCAAAAAUCCGUUCGGMACCAUCAUGGAAUACGACGUGGACAGAAAGGCGUCGUGCCGGAAGAAUUGCGGCGUCCGCGGCGGCGACAACAAUAACGUUAAAAACAAGCAGAGGAAGACCACAGCGCCAGCAGCAGCUUCCGGAAAGUGCAUCGAACUCAAGGUGUACUCGCGAUCGGUGAAUUAUUUCCACGAACAGAUCGACGAACAAGCGGUCGUCUGCAGCGGGUUUGUCGCGAAGCGCAUGUCGACUGCCGCCUCACUGCCCUACUGA